CGUAAAAAACGCUACUGGACACUGCUGACAGGCGCAAAGACUCACAGUGGAUACCUCACGCUUGAGCCGCUGCAUUCCACUAAACGGGCCACGCCGAUGUGCAUGGCCCCAACCUCUUUUAUCAUGAUGAAUCCUGUGCAGGGGUCACCGUCUCAAGACGCCAAACUGCAUCUUCAGCAAAAGGAGGACACGGAAAGCACUGAGGGAGACGAGCUCCAGCCUAAAGACAUGACCACAGAUAAAGGAUACAAACUGCAGCGGAGCAGCCUUCCUUUCAGUGUCGAGUCGCUGAUUUCCAAGAAGAGCACCUGUCGGACUUCCUACCCAGCCUCUGAUUCGGCUGUGCUGCCGACGCCCGGGGCCGUUCAGGGCGCGCAGUUCUCUCCGAGGACUUUUUACGCAGAAAGAAGGCUUUCGGGGGAAAGUUCGCAGGGAGUUCCCAAGAGCUCCGGGGAGGACUGUGCGCAGUUUUGCGAGAAAGAGCAGAGCACUUGGUUCCAGACGUCCUCCUUUUCUACACCUCCUCGGAGCUCAAGUCCAACUCCGUGUACUCUAAGGAAGCACAAAAACAACAGGAAACCUCGCACUCCUUUCACUACCUCCCAACUGCUGGCGCUGGAGCGCAAGUUCCGUCAGAAACAGUACCUCUCCAUCGCCGAGAGAGCCGAGUUUUCCAACUCUCUCAACCUUACGGAGACUCAGGUCAAAAUCUGGUUCCAGAACCGCAGAGCCAAAGCCAAGAGACUGCAGGAGGCCGAGCUGGAGAAGUUCAAGUUGGCCUCUAAGCCCGUCCUGCCUGCGUUCGCGCUGCCUUUCCCUCUCGGAGCGCACAUGAGUUCUCCUUCUUGGGGCCACUCCAACGCCUUUCCGAGGCCCAGCCUGCCGCUCCCGGGACUGUUUAGCGGACCCGUCACCUAUGGGAUGUACUAUUUGUCUUAGUAUCUCCGGGAGGCUGCGUUGGGGAUGGAACAUUUUUUUGUAUUAUCAAUUUUAAGCCUUCAAAGUAAAGUUGGGCCAAUUUUUUAAACAUGUGCGCAUUUCCGGGACUAAAUGAUCUCCACAGUUUCUUUCCACUUGAGUCUUAAAUUUCUCAGAGAAAAAAACGACUAUUUUGUUUUUAAAUGCCUUAAUUUCAGUGACCCAUUGUGGGCCGCAUCAAUAUAAAAGUGGACGCCUAAUUAGUCCGGAGCUGCAGGAAAAAACAGAAGGAAAGUGAAACAGAAAAGUACUUAUUGUCGGUGUCUGUGCCUUAUGACCGCGUCUUAAUUGUCACUUGAAGUAUUUUCUUUUUGUUAUCCAACAUUAACUGUGUGAUUGUUCGGUGAAACUGCUGUACUGAUUGUUAAUUUUCCCAGCAGUUCCUGCCAGGUUUCUAUAUUUUGUAAAAACGACAAAAAGGGACCAAAUUAUAUUUUAGAAAAAUGUAUUAGUUUUUAACUCUCACAAUGUGGCCUUAAUGGGUACUAUAGUUUUUUUGUUGUUUGUUUUUUUUUUGCUGUAAUUGUAAAUAAAAUGUGUAGUGUUCAAGAAAAAGCAUUGCAGCCCUGUUUGAAGGGCAGGGAAAGUGGUAUUUAUUGAAUGUCUUUGUAUCUGUACUGUGUACAUAUCUUUGUAAUAAAACUGGCAUUUAGUAAAUAAACAUUUAAAGACUUGAAA